GCCACCUCUUUUUUAUGGAACCAAUUAUACAUAUUGGAAAGAACGAAUGAGAAUCUAUAUUUGUUCCACGAACUUCCAAUUAUGGUUGGUUAUCAAAAACGGGGAAGAGGUGCCGAUGAAGAAAGUCGGAGACAAGUUGAUCCCCAAGACCGAAGACGAGUUUGAUGCCGAGGACAUCAAAAAGGUCGAGAAUUAUGCAAAUGCAAUAAACAUGCUUUAUUGUGCCGUAAAUCCUGAUGACUACCGCAAGAUCUCCUGCUGCUCAACCGCCAAGGAGAUGUGGGAUAAACUUGAUGUGACGUACGAAGGAACGGACCAAAAGACGUAUGCCAACAAGGACCUCGUGAGGAAAAUCCUGCGGAGCCUCAUCCCCGAAUGGAUAUCAAAGGCCGAUGCCAUCUAUGAAUCCAUUGGAGUCUCCAACGUAACCAUCGACGAAUUAAGAGGGAUAGCGCUCAAAGCAACCAAGGAAAUGGUUGAAGAGGAAUCAAGUGAUGAAGACAACGAGUUUGACCUCAUCAUCAAGAAAUUCCACAAAUUUAUGAAGAAAGAGCACGAGCGCAAAGGAAAGAAGCACGGCGAUUCCCCGAAGUGCUAUGGCUGUGGCGAGAUUGGCCACAUCAAACUGAGAUGUCCAAAACCCAAGAACCCCAAGGACAAACAUGGGCUCAAGAAGCAACGAGCAUACAUCUCUUGGGGAGGAGACUCCGGCGAUGAGUCAAGCGAGCAAGAGGAAGACGAGGAAACAAACCUUUGUCUCAUAGCUCAAGAAGAAGAGAAGUCAUCCAACGACUAAAACCAAGAG